AUUUACUUUUAUAAGAUAUUACCCCUCUCUUUAUUAAUGAGCAAACAAAUAGAAAAAUCCUUAUUUGGAAAAUUUAGCUCCUUUUCCUAUACAGCCAACAGCUUUUUAAUAUAAAUUUUUAUACAAAAAUAAUUUGAUAUAUAAAUAAUGAUUAUUGUAUUAUAAAAAUCUCCAAAUAGUUUAUAUCCUAAAACAUAAAUUUUAUAAAUUAAAAGAUUUCCUUUCAAUUAUUAAAAUCAAAAAAAAAUAACCCCCAUUGCGAUAAAUACAAAAUAAUUUUGCCAUUAUCAGAGCGAGUUAAUAAUUUCUUAAUCUAGCCCAAUUUUGGAUCUCCUUGGGCUAUAUUAAUAUUAAUUGGUUGAGCAAGAUUCCGGCAAGGUUUUUCUAGCCUUGAAAUGGACAGCAAUGCUAUGGUAAUCAAUUCUACAGGAGGCAGAGCCUAGCCCGAGUCCAACUUCGAGACUGGUUUUUACCUCAAAGCAAAUGAGGGUUCAGAUUUGGAAAGGGCAAGCCCAGCAAGGUCUAAAGGUAAUACCUAGACCAAUCGGGCAACUGCCUAGCAUGAAACUGGGCGUUACGUCCCAGGAUCUGGACUUUAUCCUUUUGCCGAUAGGCUACCAGAAAUUCCAUUUUUUGGAAUUUCGGGAUGCCAACUUCGUACUCUCUCAGCCUCAGGAGGCCGCACAAACCCGUAAACAGCCCACUCAAUACUGGAGUCUUUUACAAGAGACAAGGAGGAGACCCGACAGAAGGAAGGUCGCAAAGCGGUUGAAUCCCACAAGGGAUCUUCGGUGAUUGCGUUAAAAUUAAGGGCACGAUCCAAUCUAAAUAAUGUAAUGUAAUGGUUGAGCAAGAUUAUAAAAUUCCAUUUAAUAAAAAUAGCUAACAUAAAAAUGCAAGAAUCUCAAGCCGCUCAAGAACUGGAAUCAAUCUCCGGAAGCGUUAAAGCCUACCACCCCAGCAACAAAUUUAAAGCAAUGAUUUACAAUGUUGCCCCAAAAUCAACAUCUGUUCAACAGCUUCAGUCAAGUAAAUACCAACCCAGAAUAGACGCAAAUGAAUUUUAUUACAUCGAUACUGCUUUAUCCGAAGAAGCGAUGGUAAAAAACCCAGAUCCAGAUAAGCUGUAUCCUUGGCAAAUAAAUUCUUGCAAACAGCUUGCUGACAGAGUUUCAGCUGAUAACGAUACUUCAAAUUUGCUUACUCCCCCCCCCCCCUCCGUGAGCGAACAAAAAAAUUUUGUUCGCUCACGGAGGGGGGUUAAUUUUUUUUUUUAAAAAAAAUUUAUAUAUAAAUUUUAUAAAAAAUAUUUUUUUCGAAAUUUAAAAAAAUCCUAAUUUGCAAAAAUUGGGAAGCAAAUAUUAAUUUAAUUUGCAAAAUUUAUGUUUUAAAACGCAAUUUGUUUAAAAUUAAACAGAAUUAGCUCUAGAUUUCAUUAUACUAAUUAUCACUUAUAUAUCAAAAUUUUUUUCCAUUAAAAUUUUUUCUAUUAAAAAAAUUUUUGUUCACUCACGGAGGGUGGGUUUUUGGUCAAAAAAUGGCGAUUUUUCUAAUGGUUUUGUUCGCUCACGGAGGGGGGGGGGGAGUUAGCUAUGGGCUUGACAAUAUGGAUAAUCAUUUAAAAACCAUAGAAAAUGAGCUAAAUCUGAAGAGCACAGAUCGAAUCAGACAAAUAAAUGAAGGCCAAAGCAAACUUUCAGAAAGACUCUGCACUAUUAGGUGGAAACUUGAGCAAUUUCUUGAGUCAAGAAAUUCAAUCAAAAAGGAUUUAGGGGAAGAGUUGAAAAUAAGGGCAAAAAUAGAUCAUUUGAAUAAAAAGAUGGAAAUGAAAUCGAAGCUUGAGAGAAUUAACACACAAAAUGUUAGUAUGAUAGGAAAAGUGAACGUACCUCAAGAAGAAGUAGGCAGCAUUCUGAAUAUUCUUAGAGAGCAGCGAGAAAAUGUGAAUAAUCUAAAUCCGCUUUUUUUAAAUUUUUACUGGCUUAAGCGUAAAAAUGAAUUAUAAAUUUUUUAAAUUGAAAAAUAAGAAAAUGAUUUAUCAUUUCAAUUGAAAUAAUAUUAAUAAAAUUAAAGGAGGCUGAGAAAAAAUAAUUAAUUAUUUACGGCUUAAGAAGUAAGGAAAUUAGUUUCCGCAGACUCUAAUCUGGCUUCAAGAAUAGAAGAAGCAGUUCAAAGGUUUAGAAAAAGUAAUUAA